CGGCGAGCGUUCGGGGCGACUUCGUGGAGCCCCAGGAACCCGUCACCUACCUCCGCUCCCCGACCGACUCCCCGACCCGCUUACCCUGUCAGUACAAGGUGGAGGGGGAGGCGCAGGUGGUGCAGGUCACCUGGAGCAAGGAGCUCCCUGAUGGCACUGAGGAGAUGAUCAUCCUGGCCCACUUCACGGAGGGGCAAAAGUCGUUUGGGCCUUACGCCAGCCGAGUAAAGUUCGAGAGCCUUGAGCCCACGAAGAACUCGGCUCUGAUCAUCAUCAGCACGCAGGAGUCUGAUGAAGGCAGCUACACCUGCAAAAUCUCCACCUUCCCCGACGGAAACUUCGAGCGAGGCGUCGAGCUCACCGUCUGGACUCUACCCAUCUCCUCCGUGGACCCCCUCGUGGUGGUGGAGGGUCAGCUGUACGGCGUGGUGGCGACCUGUCGGGCCGUGGGGCGCCCGCUCCCUGAGCUGUCCUGGGACACCGACCUGCGCGGCACGUCCCAGCGCCGGGUCAGCGAAGGAGGCGCCGUGUCCAUCCACUACUCCCUGCGCCCGGAGCGCUGGAUGAACGGGAGGAAGCUGGACUGCCUGGUGGCGCACCCGGGUCUGGAGCAGCCACGCAGGAUCUCCAACAACCUGGUGGUCUUAUAUCCCCCAGAUCCCAUCAUCUCCACUCCCACCUCAAAGUGGGAAGUGGGUAUGGAGAAAGCUGAGCUGGUCUGCAGCGGUCGGGGAUACCCCGAGUCUCAGGCCAUCACCUGGAAAUGGGAAGGAGGAGCUCUGCCCAAAGGGGUGCGUGUGAGUGGAGAGAAACUUGUGUUUGACCGGGCCCUCCAAGCCAACGACAGCGGGGUCUACGAGUGUAAAGUCAAGAACCCUCUGGGAGAAGGAAAAGACGAGUAUAGAGUACUAAUAUUAGCAGAAUCAGGAACUGACAUCCCCGACGUUGGCAGGAAGCUGCUGAUCAUCAUCGGCGUUGCAGCCGGCGUGGCGGUCACGAUGCUGGUCGUCGUCGUCCUGCUCGUCAGACGCCGACAUCAAAAGAAAACCAAGAAUCUGAAGAUGCAGCUGAAGGAAAAAACGGAAGAAAUCGACAACCUCUCGAGGCCGGGCUCCGUCAGGAGGCUGAACUCAGACCUCAAAAUGCAGAGUGAAGAAUACAUCCUGCUCAAAAUAGACAAGCGGACGCUGAACAGCCAAAUGUCUUUGGAGCGUCCCGUCUUUAAAGGCAGCCAGUCCACCAUGGGUGGGAACUGGGGGUCCGGAGGAGUGGUGGACCGGGAUGAGUACGGACGUCCCGUGGUCUGGCGCGAGGACGAGGAGAGCCUGAGAGCCGUGGAGCUGGACGGGGAGAAGGAGGAGCGCAGGAGGAGGGUGGAGUCGUACGUGAAGAACAGCAACAUGUCGCUGGACUCAGGUCUUCCAUCGUCACUGGUUCCCAUGAAGCCUCAGCAUGACGACUGCACUGGACCCAGAGAGCCCGACCUGGGUCACCAGCAGGAGGGGAGCCCUGCGUCCGGGGACGAGUGGCUUCCCACCCGGUCUGAAGCGGACGAGGACGAGGGGAGCUGCAGCUCCCACAAGAUCUCCACGACCCUCGCCAAUCAUUUUUACUACUACAACGGGGUCCUGAGGCCGAGGCCGCACUCCAACGCCAUCCUGCUGCACCCCCAGCCCCAGAUCAUCUGAGCCUCAGGACUCUCCUCCAGAACUCACAAACUGUUCCCGCAGUGACSACAAACUUCACAGAGUGCAACUCUGCACACAAAAACUGCAUUUUAAUUUUUUAUUUGGGAGUUUUUAAUUAUUUUGGGGUCUUUUUUUAUGCCUUUUUGGUUUGUUACAAGAAGAAAAACGACACUGAGGAAUCCAACACAGCAAAGAUCCACAGUUGGAUUUUUUAAAACUUAAUAUUUAGAAAAUCUGAGGCACAAACUGUGAGUGAAACUCUUCUUAUCCCAGAGUAUAAAAGGAAAUAUGCUAAAUAUAAAGUGUUCUUGUUGAAUUACACUUGAAAACCAUUUUAAAUUUUGUAUUUUGGUUACACUGGAACAAUUUAASAUAUGCUGUUUUAGUUAGGGCGCUCACGUGGAAGAGAAUUUGUGUCUGUAUAUAUUUUAUAUGUAGUCAGUAACCCACAACACUGAGCACUUGCUUUACAUUGACUGGGUUAAUAUUAGCUUUUAAAGUGUCUGUGACAUGCAUARCCUUCAAAUACAGAAAGCCGAAGGAAACCUUAAGAAAUGUUAUCCAUUUUGCCCCUUAAUUGGCAUAUUUUCUUCUG